AUGUCUUUGAGUCCUCCAAGAGAGAGAUUCAACGGCCAACAUAGGAACUUCCAACUCUACUGGUGCUUCCAAUGCAACCGCUCCGUCCGCGUCGCACACGUUAACUCCACCGAUUUAAUAUGCCCACGCUGCUUCGGCCAAUUCAUAUGCGAAAUCACCAUACCAAGACCGAGGCUCAUGAUAGACUUCACCGCACACGAUCCUUCCCCAGAAGCGCGUUUGCUAGAAGCACUUUCCCUCAUGAUCGACCCACCCACCCGAACACGACGCCCACGAGAAGUUCCCGUGCACCGCCGCACAGGGGAUCAUCAUCCCACCCGAACACAACCCGAACCCGGGAUCCAACAUCGUCCACGUACAUGGGUUAUUCUCCAACCCAUGGAUCCUUCAGACUCAAACACGUUUCAACCCGUGAUUCAUCCACGUGGACGACAAGGAUCGACACCGAUUCCACGUGGCGUUGAUGCAGGAGAUUACUUUUUCGGUUCCGGUUUUAACGAACUAAUAGACCAAAUAACAGAAAACGACCGGCAAGGUCCACCACCGGUACCGGAAAGAGGCAUAAACGCGAUUCCAACGGUGAAAAUCGAGAGCAAGAAUCUGAAAGAGAAUUCGCACUGUCCUGUUUGUCAGGAAGAGUUUGAAAUUGGCGGUGAAGCUAAGGAACUUCCAUGUAAACAUAUAUAUCACUCCGAUUGCAUUGUUCCGUGGCUUAGACUUCAUAAUUCUUGUCCAAUUUGUCGUCAAGAGGUUCCUGUAGGUUCUGAAGAUGAGUGUAGUGAAGAUGAAGGUGGUGGAGGUAGGUUACGAAGGUGCUUGAGGUGGACUCGUGUUUCGUCUCUUUGGCCUUUUCAUGGAAGGUAUAGAAGAGUUCAUCCUCAAAGACACAAUGGUUCUGGUUCUGGUUCUGCUUCUUCAACAACAAGGGAAUCUAAUUCAAGGUGGCAUUUUUGCUGCAUUCUUUAA